AUGUCGAGAAACUCGUUUGGAUUCUCGCUGGCCGUCAUCGUCGUCAACUCUGCAGCCUUCUUCUUCUUCUUCUUCGUGCCGACCAGCGCUCCAGUGUAUCUGAUAGAAAUCCGCGUUCCACUCGAACAAUCGCUUGCGUGUCUGAUUGUUUCAACAGAUCUCUCACCGCAGCAUGCAGAUCAAUUGCUUUGUGGCUUCCUCAACGAAGAACAGGCUUCUUAG